ACUAUAAAGCCAUCACAUUCUCAAGAUCGGAAAAAGAAAACUCAACAAAAAUGGCAGAGCCAAUCCAGAGUUUAACACAAUUUCAUUCACAAGGGACUGAAGCUUCCCCGCCAUCUUUGGAUGAUAUGAUAGAACAGAGUCUCGGAAACUUUGGGUGGACUCAAAUUCUUCAGUCUCUCCUUGUCUCCAUGGCCAUGUUCUUCGAUGCACAACAAUCAUUCAUCACUAUCUACACCGAUGCUCACCCAAGAUGGCACUGUACUACCUCAAAUCUCACCUCAUGCAGCUCAGAUUCUGAUAUCUGCAAGCUUCCAAGAUCUUCUUGGGCUUGGGAUGAGAUCUCCUCUAAGACAAUCAUAUCACAGUGGAGCCUUGAAUGUGCCAGUUCUUUCAUCACUGGCUUACCCCAAUCUUCCUUCUUCGUGGGGUGCUUUCUUGCUGGGUUUCUUCUCGCCGCCUUUGCCGAUUCAUCUCUUGGCAGGAAGAACAUGCUAUUUCUCUCCUGUUUGACUAUGUCAAUUGCUUCAUCCAUCACUGUCUUCUCCACCAGUAUCUGGGUUUACUCAGCUUUCAAGUUUCUGAUUGGGUUUUGCCGCUCAUCCAUCGGAGCUUGUUCUCUGGUUUUGCUGACUGAGAAAGUGCGUAAAGAGUGGCGGUUCCGAGUGGCAGUGCUUAUGUAUAUUUGGUUUACCUUAGGAUUUCUGUCACUGCCUGGUAUAGCUUAUGUUAACAGAGAUUCCUCAUGGAAGUCUCUUUACCUGUGGACAUCAAUUCCUGGAAUUUUCUACUGUAUCAUCGCUUAUAUUUUUGUCACCGAGUCUCCCAGAUGGCUUCUCAUGCAAGGUCGAGAGAAAGAAGCCAUGGCUAUACUCAAAGGAAUCGCUACUACUUUAGCAAAGGGUGGUGGAACUUCAACAUCAAGACUGAUAAAAUUGCCUGCUAAAAAAAGCGCUUCAACUAUCAACUUCUAUUCAUCAAUUAACGAGCUAUUUGUGACAAGUUGGGCACUUAAACGACUAUUAGCAGUCAUGGUUCUUGGAUUUGGAAUUGGAAUGGUGUAUUUUGGCAUUCCUUUAAACGUGGGGAACUUGGGCUUCAACAUAUACUUGAGUGUUGUCUUCAAUGCCUUACAGGAAAUACCAGCUUUUAUAGCCACCUAUUUCUUGGAUAAUUGUAGAAGAAAGCCUUCAAUUCUUGGCUUCUCUGUAGCAUGCGGGAUCUGUUGUCUAAUUUGUGCUGUCAUAGGAAAUGAGCUGCAAAUAGUGAAACUAUGCCUUGCUUUAGUUUCAUUCUUCAGUGUCUGUUCAGCUUUCAAUGUCCUUCUCAUAUACGUUAUAGAGCUGUUUCCCACAAGUGUGAGGAACACAACAUCAUCAAUGGCAAGGCAGGCCAUAGUAUUUGGUGAUAUAUUCAGCCCAUUUUUUAUAUCUGAAGGAAGAAAAAACGACCUUUUCUCUUAUGGUAUAUUUGGGGUCACUAUAUUAAGCAGUGCAUUUUCCGUUCUAUUCUUGACUGAAACCAAAGGAAUUUCCCUCUGCGAUACAAUGGAACAACAGGAGAGGAAAGAAAGCAUAACUGUGUAAAUUAAGCAGAAACUAAUUAAGGUCUAUCAUCAUAUUCAAGUAGUUCUCUAUCUGCGGGUUCGUCUGUCCUUUGUUUUGUUUGUUUUUGGUUAUCAUUAGCUUCAUAAUAUUUCUGUUCUAACUUCCAGUAUCAAUGUAUCACGCUUCACUUCCUAUUGAUUUCUUGUUCAUAACGAGACCUGACUCAUCUGAUCAGAAUGGAAAUGAACUUUUCACUACUUAUUAA